CUGUACUUCAGGCUUAUCUUGGAACUGUGUGAAAAUCAGUCUGGGCUGACUUCAUGUUUGCCGGGUGAGUAAAUCCUGACGGACGCAGGACUGGUUAUAGACGCUGUGAAUGCUCAACUGCAGUGUAUGAGGUGAUGGAACCUGAGGCCGCUGCUGGCGGGUGCGGUCUGCACCUUCCUCGUCCAACGCAUUCGACUUGAGCAACUUCCAACGCCCCAUGCGUCUUGACUGCUUGAGCACACGCAAACGCCUUCCGUGGGAGAGCUCCUUCCGCUGUCGGCAUCGAACAUCACUUGACCUCGCGGAACCUCCAAGGACCGCCGUCCCAAGCAUCUUCCAUCCUCCACAACCUUGGAACCGAGACGGCUCAUUGUUCCCAACUAGCCAGCCAGCACACACACCGAAGUCGACACAAUGGCCUCAAAGCAUGUCUUCUGCUUCGCGUCGCUUUCCGGCGACUUACAAAACAUGCAGGCAGAGAUCGUGGCUUCGAAGUAUGAGCCAGAUUCCAAGGAGUAUAUCGCCGCCAUCUCCAAGAUCAGACUCCCUCCCCUCUGGAGAGCUUCCACGGCUAUCAAGGACCCCGAGUUUCUGGCAGCUUUUCGCUCUUCAGCAGGUCGUUGGGGCAUGCGUGAGUACCUUUCCCGUCUCGCCAUGAUGUCUUGACAUACGCUCAUGACAACAUUUGCCAGGCCUUUUCGAGGGAGACCAGGAUCAGGACUUGGCCUGCGAGAUCGACCAUGGAUUCCAAGAAGGCUUUGGAGAUCUUGUGAGUCUCUGCCGCAUGGUCAACCAGACGGACAUGAUGGCACCACCGGUAUUCCGCGAUUACUUCAAGACCGAAGCAUAUGAGCC